UUGAUCCGUCCCUGGACUAACGGCAUAAUAAUGCUGGUAUUCUCUGUAUGUAGCUGUAGUCGAUUACCAGGGGCGGCUGUCUAGAACCCUGUCUGCUGGGCUUCGUGUUAGAGGGGUUUUCAUUGUACGGACAUGGUGUCGUUGAAUGGUGCCUUUCCUUCGGUUGCACUUGAAAAAAUGUUAUUAGAUGUAUUAAAAUGUUUCCGAUCAGCAGAUUCGCCGUUUUCGCGAGUUUUCCACGGGCAGGUUUAAGCGGCCGCCUGGAGCCUCGAGUUCUCAUUAGCCCCCAAACACACACACACAGAUUUCGCUCCCGAUCAGCUGAAUCGAUGAAAUUUCGCUUUGCAAUCUCGUUUCUCGUAAGGAUACGUUGGCCCAUCACUGUCGAUCCAUUCAAUAUGCAUAACAUCAGUUUCUUCACACGAGCACUUCUGUUGUGCGAUAGGUACGGGGGAGGAUAUUCCAUGACUUUCGUCAUAUUAUCUUAGAGGCCUAUUACAUCUGGCUGCGGUAUUCUCAUGCAUUUUAAUUAUUGCUAGCUUUCCCCGAUUGCAGGUUCCCCAAAAGCUGGUCUAGUCGUUCAAAAAAUAGUGAAAAAAAACCGUCAGGACAUAUCUAGAAGCUCGCUAACCCGAACGCUACAGCUAAGCGCCUUGUGGUAUGCAAUUGCAAUGCACGCGUAUCACCAAAAAGGCCUUUUGGUGUUGUUUUCUUUAAAUUAAAACUUAAAAACACGUUGUUUAUAGUUUUACAAUAGUUUUUUGAACCGGUCAUGUCUGUUUUGUUUCUGUCUGGCCCCUCCGAUCAUUCCCCAACCCCGCCUCCCUCCCUAGUAAGUAUUUGAUUGUAUGUUCCCCAAACCACGGGUACGCACGGGUGUGAUAUCCUUUUAUCAAACCUUCCACAAAAUGUGCUACAAACAGCUAGCAACAAUAAAAUACCGAGGCCACCGUAUGCGUGCAAUGCGAGCAAAAAAAAACGGGUUAAAGAGCCAAGUGUGACGAAAAACUCACCAAACCCAGCUGCUUAUCUUGCUCCGCCGCUAAUCGUCUUAAGCGUGCAGAUUCGCAAAAAUAUUUCGCCAGCGCAACAGCAAUGGUCACAGGUGGACAGACAUCACCUGCUAGCGAGCUUCGGUGGUUAGUUUCCCAAUGGCUACCAUCAGCAGAACACUGGUACUUCUCCCGGGCCACCCACGGAAGUUAUUCACCGCCGGGACCGGUAACGCGCGUGUGUGGUGGCGUGUGUUGGCUUCCACCCGGAAGCUUUCCACCAUGUCGGAAGGAACCACGGACAGGGCAGCGGAGCAUCCGAUCGUGGAGCUUCCGGGACUGGGUAAGCUGAAAGGUUCCACGACACGCGGUGCCUGGACCGGUGUGAAUAUCUACCAAUUUCUGAACGUGCGUUACGCCGAACCGGCGAUGGGCGAGCGUCGCUUUAAGCCACCGGUCCCGGUACAACCGUGGGACGGCGUGAUGGACGUGUCCGAGCCGAAGCUUGGCUCACCGGUGUACAAGCGCAUGAAGCUGCUGACGGAGGAGCAGCGGGCAGAAAAUCUGGAAGAUUGCAUCAAUCUCAACGUGUUUACGAAGGAUUUCAGUGGCCGCAAACCGGUGAUCGUGUACGUGCAUGGUGGUGGGUUUUACGACGGCGCGGUCUACCACUACCCACCGAACUACAUCAUGGAGAAGGAUGUGGUGCUGGUGGUGCCUCAGUACCGGCUCGGCGUGCUGGGCUUUCUGUGCUCCAACACGAAACAGAUUCCGGGCAACGCGGGCGUAAUGGAUGUGGUGUUGGCGUUCGAGUGGGUCCAGAAGUACAUUAGCCACUUCGGCGGUGAUCCACGGCAGGUAACCGCCAUGGCCCAGUCGUCCGGAGCGGCGAUGGUUUCGAGCAUGACGUACAGUCCGCUGGUGGACACGGAGCGGCUUUUCAACCGACUGAUACUGCAGUCGGGCAACUGCCACGGUUCGUGGGUGUGGGACCGCAGUCCGGAGCGUAACUGUCGCGAUAUAGCCGGGUUCGCGGGGUUCGAUCGGCAGGCACCGCUGGAGGACGUCGAACGGUUCCUGAUGCAGCUGGACAUUUUCAGCCUGAUGAAAGCAUUCACCCAACACUACCGACUACGGACUCCGAACGGUACGGAUACGAUCGGCGGUGCCCGUAUGGUUUUCAACGAUCCGAAUGGACUUUUCCCGGAGAACCCGUACUUCAUCAUGCGCAAGGGAGGUGGACGUAAAAAUAUGCCCCUGCUCACCGGUGUCACGCGGCACGAUGGGACGUUCGCCUUUUUGGAGGUGUUUAACAUAUUGCUGUUCAAGAAGCUGAUCGGUGAUCCGCACAUCACCAUCCACCGGAUGGUGGACGAGGUGAACCAGGUGCUGGGAGUGGACGAUCCGUCCUGCACCAUCCGUACCCUUACCAUGGCCCAGUUCUUCACCCACGAGCAGCUCGCUUCCGGUGAUUUGCGCAAGCUUCUGGCAGGCUUCUGUGAUCACACGGCCGACGUGUUGAUUAAGGGACCGGUGUUAAAGAUGGCCCAGAACAAUGCGAUGUACCUGCCAGAGCAGACGUACCUGUACAGCUUCGACUACGCAGGGGAACAUACGCGGUUCGGGUAUGGCGGUGACACUUCGGCCAUACCGUUCGAUGGCGGCGUACACCACUCGAACGAUCUGAUGUAUCUCUUCCCGUACCCCCCGACGGCGGCCCAGCUGAACGAGCAGGAUACGUCCGUUGCGAAGCGGAUGGUUGACCUGUGGACCUCGUUCGCCAUCCACGGCAAGCCGGAAGCGAACGAUGUGCCUGCCUGGCCACCGAUGAACAACGUACUCGGACCCUAUCUCAAGAUUAACAAACAGUUUACCAUUGGGCAGGACUUUAGGGAAGAAUUUACCGUCGCGAUCAAGAAUCCGUCCGAGAUUGAGAAGAAGAAAAAGGCGGGGCCCAAAACCCCAUCACCACAGUAGAUAAGCGGGAAAAGGGGGAAAACGCCAAUAAAGUAUGAAAUGUUUGAACCCUUAAAUGCAUUCGGUACUGCUGUUUUUGCUAAUGGUCCGGUUCAAAUCCCAUCCAGACCCGCCUCCCAGUACGUAUUUUGCUAUGUUUUAAAAUCAAGUCACAGAGCGCCAGAAACGACGAUGGAAUGCCGAGACCUUUCGAAGGAAGA